CUUCCCUUCUCCCUCGACCCUCGGCAGAGGAAGUGCCUAGAUGUUUCUACCACUCCUAAUAUGAACAUUAUUUUCAGUAAAAGUGCCGCCUAUUUGUCACAUUUGCCAUUUGGAUUGGACGAUAUGACUGUCAAUCAAGACGUGAACGGGAACGGUGCUGUACGUCGCCUGCCAAGAGCUGUCAACGACUGUAGUAGCUACAUUUCAGCCGGAUUUAAAGCAAACACAGGGUCUCUGCUGCUGGUGCUUCGAAUGUCCAAGCACAAACUCUUUCUGCUGAGGCAUGGGGAAGGGGCCUGGAACAAAGAGAACAGAUUCUGCAGCUGGGUUGACCAGAAGCUGAGCAAGGAUGGGGUGAAGGAGGCCCAGGACUGUGGCAGGCUCCUGAAAGAACAAGGGUACAAGUUCGACCUAGUAUUCACCUCCAUUCUUAGCCGUUCUGUCCAGACAGCCUGGCUGGUGCUGGAGGCUAUGGGCCAGGAGUGGGUGCCUGUUGUCAAAUCCUGGAGACUUAAUGAGCGCCACUAUGGUUCUCUGAUUGGCUUGAACCGGGCAGAGAUGGCUUUACAACAUGGGGAAGAAAAGGUGAAGUUGUGGAGAAGGGGCUAUGAUGUCACUCCACCCCAGAUUGAUGAAUCCCACCCUUACUUCCUGGAAAUCUACAGUGACCGCAGAUACCAGACUUGUGACGUGCCAAAGGAGAACCUACCCCGUGCAGAGAGCCUGAAAGAGGUGCUGGACAGGCUGUUGCCAUAUUGGGAGAACACUGUGGUGCCAGAGAUAAGAAAAGGCAAGACUGUGCUCAUUUCUGCUCAUGGAAACAGCUGCAGGGCCCUGCUGAAACACUUGGAAGGUAUAUCAGACCAGGAUAUAGCUAGCGUGACUUUACCUACAGGGAUACCUGUGCUGCUUGAGCUGGAUGAAAACCUCAGGCCUGUGAAACCCCGACAGCUGCUGGGGGACCAGGCAAAAAUUCAGGCAGCCAUUAAAAAAGUGGAGGACCAGGGAAAAGCCACACCAUCAACUUGAAUUCAUUAUACUGGCUGUAAAACCUAACAUAACUCUGCACUUGUUGCCUGUGUACACUUUUUAUUCAGUACAGUGAAAACAAAAUUCUUCAAACAAAAAAAAACAACUCAUAACUUAUUAUUUAACAAUAGCUGACUGUUGGUAAGAUUGAAAGAAUAGGUGCAAGUCUUACAGUGAAGUUCCUGAAUGUGUAAUGGUGGCUUGAGCUGGAUACAAAGUGGGUGUAGCAGGUUUCUAUGGAUGCAGGAGAAGUUCUGUAUAUGUGUACUGUAAAUGUUCAGAACUGCUUUGAAUUGUAUUUUGUGUAAGCACUGAGGAUACGUGUGGUUUGUGUCUAAUAUUUAAACCAGCUAUACCUACCUACUUAAUGCCUGUAUGAUGGUGACCCUAAUGUGUCUAUUUAUUUAUUUACUCAGUGACUGUAGUAGUAAGGUGCUGAGGCUGAAAAAAAACUUAAAAUAUGCCAUAUUCAGAAAGAAGAAAUAUUGCUCCUUACUAAAUGAUGAUUUGCUGUUAGGAAUAUUCCCCUGCAUUUUUAAUGUGCCUUCAGUAAUAACAUAAUGCUCACUUAUUAUUUAAGUAGAAUAUCAAACAGAUCUUGUGGGGAUUUUAUUUAAGAGUUAAAGCACUCCUCUAACAAGUCUUGCCUCAAACUGAAGUUGUUCAUUCCAAGAAUGGGAUAACUGAGCCACAGAAAUGCUGUAAAUAUGCAAAACCUCUGAAAUCAGUGUAGCCAACAGCCUGGCUGUUUGGUGUGGUCUUUGGUUUAUGCUUUGCACUUUUUGGGGAAUAUUAUGGACUUAUUUAAAUGCAGGAGCUAUUAAUGGUAAAUACCAGUACUUUGAAGAAAUGUAAUUAGAGUUUAUUUAUUUUAAAAAAAGCACAAUUUUGGUUUUCAUUUUAGAUUCUAAUUUAUUAUAAUACAUGCAGUUUGAUGUUACUAUGUACUGUUAAUAUCAUGACUGAAAAUGUUACAAACCACUUGAAUCUGCACAGUAUGUCUUGCUGUAGCUGCCUGACUUGUUACAUUACGUUACUACUUUGCGUGGCACUGGCUACUUCAUUGUCUGUUGUGUUUUACGUCUUGUAUCAGUGUCUAAUUCUGUUAAUCAUUUGUGUCUUCUGUUUCCCCACUUUGUUUCUUGUGCCUCUUUUUUGAUGUUUUGUACACUGGUCUGUUAGGUCGACAGGGGUUAAGGAACAAGUUACAGUAGGAACAUGCAUCUAUAUUUAAGAUAGAUAGAUAGAUAGAUAUUUAAGGGUAGAGAACACUGAUAAAAGUGUAAGAUCACACCUUACCAUAUGAAGGUUUGCAUGAAAAAAUAAAAGGGCAUGAAACUUUC